UAUAAAAUUGUUCACCUAGAUCGACGACUACAACAGAAAUGAAACAUACUACAUCUGGUAGUGAUGAAAUAAUUUUUCCGAUCUCUAAGGCCCCUUAACACAUAUCAAUUUUGUUUUGUAAAUAUUAGUAUCAAUUAGCGGAGUACUGUUAACGAAAAAAACAGUGAUCGAUUUCUGAUAGGAGUAUAAAUACAAAUACUCCACCACCCGUUCAGCUUUCUUCAAUACACCAUCACACUAUAAUGUUAAACAUAACCAUUCUCAUAAUACUAACUGCUCUCGGGAUUGCGGAAGCUCAACCGGAAGCAGUUAUUCAAUCUGCUCGGCAAUCUCCCUAUUCGCCGUAUUUUGAUGCUGCUGUAUACCCCCAUGGGUGGGGCUGGCCGAUCGCUGCUUUCGUCCUGAUCGUGUUGAAAGCAGCACUUCUGUUCGGCGCCUAUGUGGUUGCAGCUUUUUCCGAGUUUCGUUUGUUCCGAAAGCCCGGUGCCAGAAGCAGUGUGGAGUUUAGCCUUUGGACCAACGCAAUGUUGGAUUCGUUGAGUGUUGAGCCGCAGCAGGAAUGUCGGAAACGGCUGCUAUGUGAGGCGGAAGUAUCGAUCAGGAAUAACGCUUUGCUACGAAUCGUUGCCUAUGCUGCGAGCGAGAAGACUCACCAGCUUUUGGAUUGUGGAGAAUUGGUAUCUCGGAAACGUUGUUCGGUGACUAUUGGUGACUUGAUAUUACGAAAAAUUGGUUGGUUUGGGGACUAGUUUGCGAGCAGUGGAUACAGAAGAUGGUAUUUUAUAGUCGGUGGUGUGAGAGGUAUCGAAAACAAAGAUUCAGUUGAUUUUCAUGCAGCAUCUUUGAUUGUUACAAACUUGGUGUUACUAAAAAAAUGCACCCAGGUGAUAAAUGUUUUGUCUGUCUGAUUUAAUUUGACACACGCCGGUGAGAUACCAAUGAAAUAUCUGUUUGUCUCGAAAUUCUAUAUGAAUUUUUUGAUUGUGCCAA